GUCUCCUGUUGAGCGACUAUGCAGCCUGUGGCAGCCCGGCUCACUUGAAGCCUCAAAACCAGACACAACAGCAAUAACAUCACCAUCAAGAAAAGCACCAAUCAAAGCUGGGAUGAGAAGUUGGAGUAAAUAAUUGUGGUUCCUUGCAGAAGACAUGGAAGGAGAAUCGGACCAAAGUUGGGGGAAGUUGUUGACGGUGUGAGCCAAUCAGGACCAGCCCCACCUCCCCCGGAAUUUGCCGACCGAGAUUUUUUGAACCUCCAAUUCAACGUCCCACCUUGCAGUGACGACGACGACGGCCGCCAGUCCAUGCCCACCCCAUCGCCGCCAUGAGCCUCAGCAUGCCAACGCGGCGGCUCGUCCGGGGAGCCACCUCCCCCACGACCACCACCCUCGCCCUCCAACAGCCCUCCCGCUCCCUCUCAACAUCCCCCUCCCGCCCCUGGUUCUGGUCCAAAAAGGAACCCUCCUCCCCCACCAACCUCAAAGACGCCAUCACCACCGGCACCGCCGAAGCCCGCAAGUCCCUCAUCUCCAAACUCCAAUCCCGCUCCGAAGCCCCCGCCAUCUUCGAAGACGAAGUCGCCCCCCAACAGCAAGCCGUCACCGAAAAGGAAGCCGCCGUCCUCUCAGGCGACCAGAAAUCCUCCGCAACCAGCGGGCCCCUCACCGCCAGCCAAAAAGCCGCCCACCCAAAGACCUUCACCCGCCUAGGCGGCUCCCUGGUAAAAGAAGCCCUCGCCCGCAGCGUCGACCCGGACCCGCAAGCCCGCGUUCGCUGGGAACGCAAGAUCGCCAUCCGCCAGGUGAAAAACGGCACCGACGCCUACAGCCUCGAGCCGCGGCUCGCCCGCAUCGCGAGGACGGAGCGCAGCCUCCAUUCCAAGUCCCCCUGGCUGCCCACCUCUGUCAAGAAGCUUGUCCACCUGGCCAGGCAGAUCCAGGGGAAGAACGUGGAGGAUGCGCUGGUGCAGAUGAAGUUUUCCAAGAAGAAGAUGGCUGCCGAGGUGACCACCCAGCUCAAGAUGGCGCGCGAUUUGGCCAUUGCCGAGAGGGGGAUGGGUCUGGGACAGGGACAGGAGGGCAAGAUGGAGAUUCAGAGAAAGGACGGCAAGUGGAUGACGGUGGGGGAUCGGUCAAAGAUGUAUGUUGCCGAGGCGUGGGUCAACAAGGGCCCCGUGAGGGCCAAGAACCCGGAUUAUCGGGCCAGGGGGAGGAUGUUUUUGAAGGAGUCGCCUUCUACCAGUCUCAGUGUCGUUCUCAAGGAACACAAGACGCUCGUGCGGGAGCACCAGGAGAGGGAGCACAGGAGGAAAAAGCAAGGGCCUUGGGUUCACCUGCCUGACAGGCCGAUUACCGCGCAGAGGGCGCAUUACUCUUGGUAAAUACUAAGGAAGGAGAGAGAGAGAGAGAGAGAGAGAGAGAGAUAGCUAUGUAACAUGUACAAUAUGAAACCAAACGUGUAUUUUUUUUUCCAGUCCGUCAAAGCCAAACUUCUCAUGAGAGACCAUCUCUCGGCAUGGGUCAGGCAACUCGGUCAGGUUUAUUUCACUUCAUAAAUCUCUGGUAACUAUGUACAAAGCAGCAAAGGGAAAGAAAAGC